CUCUCAAAAGGAUUAAUCAAUGGUGACACCAUGAAUGUCCUUGAGUGGCCCUUCCAGAACCCAGACUUGAACCCGAUUAAACAUCUCGGGAGAGACCUGUAAACAGCUAUCCACCAGUGGUCUCUGUUCAGCCUGACUCGAGUGGAGGCUGGAGCACAUCGAGAUGAAGUCCUGACAGGUGGACUCCAAUCAAAUUCUAGAAGCAUCUUGAGGAGAACUGAGGUAAACAGGGUGGACCUGAGCACAAUUUGAAGGGCCACUGUAAAGGAUCUGAAUAUUUCUAUAAAGUGAAUGUUUGGGAUAUGUUGUCUGUCUGCAUGGCUUACAAAGUAAAAUCCAAUGAAUGAUGCUGGAUGCUCUGAGGUGUAUGUUGAGUAUUUGGAUUUCAACCCAUCUUAGGUACAGUAAAUGUCUCCGUUCCAGCCGUAGACUGUCUCUAUUCCGGACAUGGAUGAGCAGCUUUUGUGCAUGGAAAAUCAGAGCUUGAGUGACGAGAGCUGCAGUAAAGAACCUCGCCAGGUGCUGCGAGCACCCUGGGACCCCACUCAGUUCUAUGAUGAGCGAGUGCUGCUCAACCUGCUGGCCCUGGAGCAGAAGCGGCAGCCUCGUAUCAACUAUUUUGGCACUGUGCAGUUUGACCUGCUUCCUGUCAUGCGCCAAGUCCUGGCAAGGUGGAUGCUAGAGGUAUGUGAGGAAGCAAACUGUGAGAUUAAUGUGUUUCCUUUGGCAAUGGACUACCUGGACCGCUAUCUGUCUUGUGUUGGAGUUAAGAAAAGCGACCUACAAGUACUUGGUUGUGCCUGCAUUUUCAUUGCCUCUAAGAUGCUAGAUGCACUUCCCUUGACAUCCACAAAAAUCUGCAUUCUCACCUUGAACUCUGUCACUCGGAAGAAUCUGCUGGACUGGGAAGUGUAUGUGGUGGAGAGACUGAAGUGGGACCUUCUACCUGUUCUUCCCAAUGAUUACCUCGAGCACAUCCUCCUGAGGCUUCCUAACUUUCUAGAUGAUGAACUGAAGCUGAUCCGCAAGCACGCAUGCACCUUUACUGAUGUGUGCACCUCAGAACUGCAAUUCUUCAUGAGGCCGCCAUCUUUGAUCAUGUGUGCAAGCAUUGGGGUUGCUGUCCGCUUUCUAGACAUUUCUAAGCCAGAAGUUGAUAACAAUGCAUUGCAAGAGUUGCUUUCAAACAUCAUCUCAACUGAUCUGGAGUCUCUACGUUCCUGCCAAGAGCAACUAGAAUGCAUAUUACAGAAGCACUUUCCGAAGAAAACGUGUUAAGCUGAGCCGCACAAACCUGAUGACGCUGCUAUUAAAUGUGUAUGUUUAGCUAGGAUUUUAUGAAGCACCGUUCAGAUCACGUGGCCUUGUGUUUGUAAGUUCACUAAUUUCAGAUGACACAAGCCAUACCUGGCAUGUUUUAUAUUUCAUAGAAGUUGUGAUGCUCUUUUAAAAUUGAGGUACUGAAUAUAUAAAAAUGGACAACACCAAGCCAAAUGUCCUGCAUCUUGUCUUGGCGGCAGGGGGCAUUCUAGUGGGCUGCUUGCCAGGUGGCAUUCAUUCGCUCCAAGCUAAGGUGUCAGCAAUGCCACACUAGAGAAUAUAAGCACAACCAUUCAUUUUCACCGAUAAUGGAGGUUACAGGAGUCCAACGUAUCCCAGUUGGAGGGCUAACUGAUUUUGCUAUUCAGGAUUUAGGUUGGGAGUGUGGUGUGUAAUGUGAAAGAUUUCAAUUAUUAGUGUCCGCCAGAUGCUGGCAGCUGUAACAAGGCGCUACAUGGGCACCUGACUCACACCGGAGGCACUUGUUAAAACGAAGAGCUUUUAUCUUUCUUCACCUGUCGGGCACGUCUCCCCUGUAACCUACAGGCACAACACGGUCCCCAAAACACUCUUCUUUGGCACUCCGGCCCGUGAGUGGUGGCUGCUGGCCAUUUUUGUAGUCCGCCCAGAAGUGCUCCAGGUGGUUGACU